AUGGAACUCGUGCAACCGUAUAAAAAACGAGAAGACUUCUACCACGACGGGCUCGUGAAUCCCACGCCGUACGUCGAGCCCAUUGAGCCGGUGGUCAUGCGGAUCCCGGUUCCACGGGAUUUGGACGUCAACCAGAUCAUUGCAGAGAAUACCGAGAAGCUCAACCACGAAACGGAUGAACCACAAACAGACGACGACGAAGCACCUUUGGCCCAUUUCGUACCGCUUCCGCAACUCCAGGCCGCUUCCUUGAAGGACCAGGUUACGCUAGUGGUGUUCAAGGGCUUCCGCCCCGUCAAAGACCGGUUUAUUGAGAGAAUCUUCAACACCAUCACACGCCACUACAAAUGGAGCAAACUCGAGUCUGCUGACUCGCUCGUGGUGUAUUUACAAGCCCGUACACUCAAAGACUUGAAGUUGGUUCAGGCCAAUUUGGACUUGUUCGAUGGUAUCAGCGAGCUGGUGCUGGUAAAUACUUAUGGUGUUAGUUUGGACGAGGUGCCGCUAAAAGAUAUCGACAAACCCACUGUACAAAACACUAUUUCUAGCAUUCUCAACCACUCAAACAACUUCGUCGACCCGUCACAGGAGUCACGAGACCCUCUGGAUUAUGGCCAAUCGUAUAAGGUGGAUUCCAAUGAGUUAAUCGAGGUGCCUAACCUGAUGAAAGAGGCCAUCACCCAGGAAUUGAUCAAGUUCAGGUCGAUCAUGUUAAUCAAGGAGAAGCAGAAACGGAGCCGAGAGUUGGCGGAGGAGCGCCUGAAGUCCAAGAGACUCAUGAACCAGUUGUUCAACAAAAACCUCGAUGUUCAAAUGGAAGUGGAGCCUGAAUUGGAGGCCCAAGAGCCUGCUGAGGUGAUGCCCGAGUUGGACGACGCUCAGUACGAACAGUAUCUUGAGAAGGAGUCGGCUAGACAGCAUGGCGAGCGGUAUAAGGCCAAGCUUGGUGAUUUGGUCCAGUUGAAGACGAGGAAAGCCCAUCUAGUGGCUCGUCACCAAAAGGCAAAGAACUACGAGCUUUAUUUGAUUGACAACAAGUUCAAGUUUAUAGAUGACUUGAAGAACACGGAAGAGAGGUUCGACUUCUCUAGCUACUUGAGGCUCAGGAGUAAGGAGAAGCAGAAGGAGGAGGAGGUUGAUGAGAUUGACCGGGUAGAGCAUGCUGAUGACGUGGAAGAGCCAAUGCAAGAGCCAAUGAAAGAGGUGCCAGUGGAAGUAGAAGUUGCACCAUUACCUUUUGCAUCAGAUGUCAAAGCUCCGGAUGUGACUGGGCUCUCCGAGGCCCAAUUGGGCAAAGUCAAAACCAAAAUCGAGCAGUUGGUGGAACUCUACAUAGGUAUUAAAGAGACCGAGUUGGUAGAAUUCAUCUACGACUCGCUCGUGGACAAGUCGAUAGAUAUGGCAGAACUCACCGAGACUUUCGACAACGAUGCAGUGUCGUUGAUUAAUGAUUUGAACGAAUUCAUAAAAGGUAUUUGA